AUGCCGCCACCUCCUCCUCCACCCCCACCCGGGGGCCCACCCCAACCUCCGGCGAUGCCGAAUUUCAAAGCGGCGGCAGCCCCGGAUCGGGGGGCGCUCCUGUCACAGAUACGAGGUGGGGCUCGACUGAAAAAAGCCGUCACAAACGACCGUAGCGCGCCAUUAGUCAGUAAGUCUAACAAAACAAACAAUGUGGCAGCGUCCAGCGGAAGCAAUUCAGACGGACCGUACCGAACGGGUGGAUCAGCCCUCGGGGGAGCAUCGAGUGGGGGUCCUCCAAUGGGUCUCGGUGGCCUUUUCUCGGGCGGCAUGCCCAAGCUCAAGCCCACAGGUCAGAGAUCGGCCCUCGGAGUGUCGAGUCGAGGCGGCGCGGAGUCCUCGUCCCCAUCGCCCCCGAAAGAGUCACCGCCAAAAGAAGCCCCGUCGCCUUCACGACAAAUGGAGUCAGUUGGUCAAAGUUUAGCUCAAGCGAUCGCGAACCGGGCGGCGAAGAUCAACGCGACCAGCGAGAAGGUUGCUCCUACCUCGGCACCGAAGUCGUCCGUGACGUCGUCUUCUUUUGUGAAGAGUCCGUCACCCGAACGACCAGGUCCCCUCCACCAUGACACCCACACGAAUUCCACAGGCGCCUCGGCGACGAGUUCGUCGGCAGCGCAUUUUCCCAAAGACGUUUCCCCACCGCAACAGAGUCGACGUGGUCCCCCGUUGCCCUCGAAGCCUCCAGCUUCGAAUGUCAACCGAUCGACCUCGCAGAGCCAGACGAAGAGACCCACGCACAAACCCCCACCCCCACCUAAGUUUGGCACCCUCGGCCAUCAGAAGAGGACCGCUGUGAGUCAAACUCAGCCGUUGGCUCGGAGGCAAAGUUUCGGUGCGCUUGAUUCGAACGCAAGCGCUCUUAGCGUUACGAAGCCACAGGCGGCUCCACCUCCGCCGCCUCCACCUCGCAACAUGAGCGUCCCGAACAACAUGAACAAUAUACAUCGGAAUGCGCCACCGAUCCCACCAUCGCUCCACAGCAAGAAAGCCCCACCUCAAGCGCCCAUGACAAAGCCUCCUCCACCGCCUCCGAACAAGACGACGAUGCGUUCGACGCCCUAUCCGGUGAGCCUCGUUGGAGGAGGUUCUGCGAUGCGAGCGGGACGAUUCGAAUCACGCUUCACCUUCCACAAUAUCAACGAUCUCUCGGUUACUUACGAGCCCACGCAAGAUAAAAAGUAUCCGAGCAGAAAGAAGAAGUCCCACCAGCGGAAGGCUCCAGCGCCUCCGUUAGUGUCGACUGAGUCCUAAUACGUAGAAUCGGUUUUGGAAUUCGGGGGUCCCUGAAGCUCAUAUCGACUACGCCGCCGCCGCCGCGGCAGCAGCAAGAGCAAUACACAAUAGUCGUCGUGCUUGCACGCAGCAGAAGGUGCUCCGCCUUCUCUUCGGUGGAUAGAAACGCUUUCGCAGCCGCUGGUCGCUCGAGUCCCCCGAUAGCGGAAGCCAGGGGGAGCGAGUCUUGAGACGUGUCAGCGGUCCGCAAAAUCAGAACACCGAAAAAGGCGUGCACUGAAAUGUCUUUAUGCAGAAACAGAGUCCACCGAUAGUUUCUAAUGU